AUGCCUACAGAAUUCAGGGCAAAAUCUAUCUUAUAUUUUUCGCCGCUUGUCCCUCGAAGAGGACCAAGCGGCGGACCUGGCCGCUGCUUUUCGAGAACGGAGAGGAAAGAGUUUGAAAAGGCAGUCCGGGAAUCAGGUCAUGUAGUAUAUGAAGACUAUGAUGACCUGGUUCUCGGAAGAGGACAAGUGGGGCCAUACCAUCGAAAAGAUGUUGAUUUUAUUCAAAAACUUAAUUCCGAAUAUGAAAAACUUUAA